AUGGCGCGUCUAAGCGGAAUUGCGGCUCUCUCUCUCCUGCUAGCCGUUGCCCUCGUUCUCUCAGCGUAUGCUUCGAAAGCGGUUGCCCAGCAGGUGGAGCGAACUUCGGAUGGUAAAUAUUCGUGUGCUGAUGUGAGGAAGGGCCAAGAUACGUUUCUAUCCCAGUAUUGCAAGACCCACUUCUCCUUUUGCGACUCGCCGACGUACAAUUACUAUGACAAUGAUUGCAAACGAGCCCCUGAAAAAAGUACCCUCCGUUUUUGGUUUAACAGGUUCUACUAUCAGCUGAAACCUUGA